UUUAUGCUUCGAACUUGUCUGAAGAAGCGAAUCCAUGCUUACUCUUCCAUUCGAGACAGAAUCAACCAAGAGAGAGCAGAGAGAUUGAAGAAUCUGCCGACUACCACACAAGAGAAAAUCAGAAACUUUGGAAUCAUAGCACACAUCGAUGCAGGCAAAACGACAACCACAGAAAGAAUGUUGUUCUAUGCAGGAGCCAUCCCAUUCCCAGGGGAAGUUCAUGACGGCACCACCACCAUGGACUUCAUGCCCUAAGAGAGACAAAGGGGAAUCACCAUCAGAUCUGCUGCCAUCUCCUUCAAUUGGGCCAAUCAUCAAUAUAAUCUCAUCGACACGCCUGGACACAUUGAUUUUACAGCUGAAGUUGAAAGGUCCCUCAGAGUUUUAGGUACAAAAUAUAAUAUCUAAUUUCGCAGAUGGAGCCAUAGCCAUCUUUGAUGGAGUCUCAGGUGUCCAAACACAAUCGGAAACUGUGUGGUUGCAAGCUAAUAAGUUCAAUAUCCCCAAAAUUGCAUUCGUAAACAAAAUGGAUAGACAAGGAGCCUCAUUAGAAUACACACUUCAAUCAAUGAAGGACAGAUUGAACAUCAAACCUUUUAUGUAUCCAUCUCAAUUCAUUACUUUAGAAUGCAGAUCCCCGUGGGUGAAAUCGAUUACUUCAAUUCUGUCAUCGAUCUCUUGACUCUCCAAGAGAUUGUCUGGUUAGACAAGUACGGCUCAGAAGUUCAAUUCAGAGAUGUCGAUAAAUCUCAUCGUUAUUAUGACAAAGCCAUCUAAGCCAGAGAUGAUCUAUUGUCCACUGUGUCUGAGUACGAUGAGAAAAUUGCCGAACUCUAUUUGGAAGACUCCAAAGAGUUGCUCAAUCAAUAGUUGCUGCUUCAUUCUAUCAGACAAAUCAUUAAUUCGCAUUACAACUAAUGUUGUCCCAUCUAUGUCGGAUCAGCACUUAAAAAUAGGGGUAUCUAACCAAUUCUGGAUGCUGUCCAUUAAUUAUUGCCAGGACCUAGUGAAAGACCAUUGAUCUUCGAUAUCAACAAUCCAAAUAACAAAAGGAAGUUAGAUAAGAGUGAAAAAUUAACUGCCUAUGUGUACAAGGUUCUACAGGAUCAAGACUUGGGACUGCUAGGAUUUACUAGAAUCUAUUCUGGAGAAAUGACCUAAAAAUAAAACUAUAAUAACAGCACCAAGGAUGAACUCAUUAAGGUCGGCAAUCUCUAUAGAGUCAGAGCCAACAGGUAUGUACCCAUCAACAGUGUUCAAGCUGGAGACAUCAUUGCAAUUCAAUCCAAACAGGCCAUUGCUGGGUCCACCAUAAUUGGACCCAAUGAUGAGAGGUAAAUCCUUAUCAUUCAUCUAGAUUUGUAUUACAGCAAUUGCAAUUACCUCAGUGUGUCUUCUUUGCCAAUCUAGAGUAUGAGUCAGCCAAGGACAAACUCAAAUUGGAUCAGGCUUUGUAAUAGUUGCAGUUGGAGGAUGAGAGCUUGAAGAUUACGGUUGUUGAUGAGACGCUAAUCACUAUUGGGGGACAAGGAGAAUUGCAUCUUGAAAUCGUAGUGCAAAGAUUGAAGGAAGAUUUUGGCUUAAACACUAAACUCAAGAAGAUGCAAGUAGAAUACAAGGAGAGCAUUAGUGAGGAAGGAGUCUUGGAAGUCAAAUAUUAGGAUAUUCUUAAAGGAAGACCUUUGUGGUUCAAAUUGAAGUUGAAAUUGUAACCAAGUGAAUAGUAGGAGAACGAAGUUAUCUUUGAUUUUGACAGAGAAAACGACUUUGACAUCCUAUAUAAGCAAUUCAAAGAAAGCCAACUCAGAUUGGUGCCCAAUCAAAAAAAUGAAUCCUCAGUCAAAUACAUCAAGAAUCCUUGCAAAAACAUUGAAGUAGAUUCCAUUUUUGAUGAUCAUGGAGAAGAAAAGGCUUAUCAUAUAUCUUCAUUGCAAUUUCCCAUGUUCUUUCAAUUGGAAAAGUCAAUACUGGCAUCUCUCAAUAGGGGUUUCUUGAAAUCCUAUUAAAUGCAAGGCGUUAAGGCCACUAUCUUGGAUGGUGCUUUCUCUGUUAAAAGAACCAAUGAUUUGGCAAUCGGCAGAGCAGUCUAAAAAUUGAUGGCAGAAAUCCAUCCCUUACUCAAAGUAGAUAUAUUCAUUUCAUCUAUUAGCCCAUCAUCCUAGAACCCAUCAUGGAUCUUGAGAUCUCUUGUCCCAAUUCAUUGUAGUAGAAGAUCAUUAAUGAUUUGAUUUCUCACAGAAGAGGAAAAAUCAUUGAAAUCAAACAAGAUUAAAAUAGAGCAGGAUCUCAAAACAGCAAUCGAGUCAUUCUUACAGCCACUAUUCCAUCUUAGGAGACCAUUGGAUAUUCCACCGCCAUUCGAUCAAUUUCUCAAGGAGAAGCCUAUUUCUCAAUGAGUUUCAAGAAGUAUGAAUUUGUGGGUGGACAAAAACAAAGUGAACUAAUAUCAGAAGUCUUUUGA